AUGGCACUCACCUCGCUCCUCCUCUCCCACUACAAGAACCGCUUCGCCCUCUCCCUUCUCCUUCUCCUCCCUCUUCUAUGCAGUCCCCCUCUCAACCUCUCUUAUUCGCAUCAUCUUUUUACUCUCCCACCGCCACCGCCACUAGAGGUGGAACUUUCCAUCCCUCCUUCCUUACCACCGCUGCCACCAGGAGAGGAAUCUGCAGCGGACGAUGAAGAGGAUCGAGGAGAGGAUGAGGACAAUGCUUCUCAUCUGUCUCCUCCUCCUUCGAAGGACCAACAUGUUUCUAAAGCCGAACUUGCGGCAUCGGCGACUCUGGAAACAGAAUUUGCGGUGGUGGCUGAUCAAGGGCGUGCUGCAAUAAAAAGCAGGGUUGCAAAGAAGUGCGAUUUUUACAGAGGAAAGUGGGUGAUAGAUGAGGAAGGGCGGUACCCGCUCUAUGCUCCUGGGUCUUGCCCUUAUGUGGAUGAGGCUUUCAGUUGCCAGGAGAAUGGGAGGCAGGAUGACGAUUAUUUAAAAUGGAGGUGGAAGCCUGACGAUUGUGAGCUUCCUCGGUUUAAUGCAAGUGACUUUUUGGAGAAACUGAGAGGUAAAAAGUUGAUGCUUGUUGGAGAUUCUGUGAAUCGUAACCAGUUUGAAUCAAUACUGUGCAUUCUACGUGAAGCACUGCCUGAUAAAAAUAGAAUGUAUGAAACACGCGGGUACAAGAUAACAAAAGGGCGAGGCUACUUUGUUUUCCUAUUUUUGGAUUAUAACUGUACAAUAAGCUUUGUUCGGUCCCACUUUCUUGUUAGAGAGGGAAAGCGUGCCAACCAAAAGGGUAAUACCAGUCCAAUUCUCAUGAUAGAUCGCAUUUGCAAGUCCGCCCCUCGUUGGAAGAGGGCUGAUAUAUUGGUUUUCAACACCGGCCACUGGUGGACCCAUGGAAAAACAUCAAGGGGGAAGGACUAUUAUAAGGAAGGAGAUGUUGUCUAUCCACAAUUUGAUGCAACAGAAGCUUUUAAGAAGUCCUUGCAAACUUGGGGAAGGUGGAUAGACAGUAACAUGAAUCCUUCAAAAAAAUUGAUUUUUUACCGUGGAUACUCUACAGCUCAUUUCAGGGGUGGCGAUUGGGAUUCCGGCGGUACGUGUCAUGGAGAGAAAUCCCCUGCCUUUAGUGGAUCUAUCAUUGACAACUAUCCUUUGAAAAUGAAGAUUGUUGAGGGUGUAAUUGAAAAAAUGAAUUUUCCCAUAAUUCUCUUGAAUGUGACUAAGCUAACCAACUUCCGCAAAGAUGCUCAUCCUUCUAUUUAUGGCAAGAGGAUGAUGGAAGGAGAAAGAGUCUCUAAGAGAAGACAGGACUGCAGCCAUUGGUGCCUCCCUGGAGUUCCUGAUACAUGGAAUGAGUUGAUAUAUGCAACUCUUGUUCUGGAGCAGACAUGAGAAAAAAUCAUGGCGAAUUCAUGGUAAAGUUACUCCAUUGUUUUGUUUAAUGUCCAUCAAGAUUAAUAAGCAAGUGAUUUCUUAAUAUGAAAACUGCUAGGAUUGUGCUGAUUGUUAGAAUGCCAUUGUUUUGUUGUUUGGAUGCAAGCUAAUUUAGCGCUAGUGAUUAGGAUUGUGUAACUGAUUAUUCUUUUUGGUGAAAGUGGGUGGAACCAGCUUGAGGUUCUCUGAAUUU